AUGAGCCUUCUUAAGCUUCCCAUUGAGAUAAUUUCUCUCAUUGCUGAGCUUCUUCAUAUUGACGACCUCUUCGACUUUGGACAGACGUGCCGCCAUUUCCACUAUAUCCUGCUCAGCGAGAGCAUCUGCCGGGUGGCUCUUCAGAGGGUCAAGUUCUCACCUGAGACCCUCGAGGCGCAGACGGCGCAUGCUUACGCGAGGGGCCUGCGGAGGCUUGUCAAGAGGCGGAAUGCAGUUCGAUAUGCAGAGCCAUACUUGGUCGCCGUCGUGGCCAUGGCCGAAAACUUCAUCUACACAAACGGUGUCCUGUGCUAUACCGCUAACCGCGAUAAUCUCCGUGUUCUCGACGUGCACCGAUCAGCUCAGGAAGAGCUGGUUGUGAGCAUCCCUCGGUUGCUGCAUUCCUUGAUGCCCGGGUUUCAGUGGUCAAGUCUCUACCACUUCCGCCCCGUGCACUACUCGCACGGCAUCGUAUCGUCAUUAUAUAGCCACCAGGAUUGCGAGGGCAUUACGGUGAGCUGGCUAGUCGUCUUCCGCACCAAAGACCUUAAAGUCCUCGCCUUUUACCCCCUGCGUUCGACGAACAAGCUGUUUGUUCGAAAUAAUGCCGAUUACCUCGUCUACGGCACGAAAUCCCAGCUAGCAUUCGAUGGCUUUAAGCGAUGGGCUCUUCAGCGGCUCGAUCUUCGGACUAAAGAGUGGACGCCCUCGGAUCUGACUCUGUGGAACUUCGCCGGCUCGAACCUAGGCCAGAACAUCUGUUUUGAGAUCUUUGACGAUUACUUUUACUGCCUGUCCAAUAAAAACAAGCUCCAUCCAGAACACGGGAAAUGGAACUCUUACUACCACGUCGUGCGGUUCCCUCUCUGCGAGGCAACCCGCGAGAGCUGCGAGUCGCCGCCAAUGCGAAAUCUUUGGCGGCGGCAUGCGGCCGAGGGCCCGGUCGAUCAACGUUGGGACGCGCUGCAACUCACAAGAGAUGAAGGCACGGGAAAGCUGUUUAUUUUCGAUUCUCGUCGAGAAUGCCUUCCGACGAACGCCCAAAGCCAACGCAGCUGCUAUAAAAAGGAGAUUCGCUUCGAUAAAGACGACGAAAACGUCGACCCGGUUCGCCAUCCGAUGUCGGAUAUCCUCAGGGAUACUCUCCCCAUAGCGCAAUCGUCGCCGGACGAAGAGGGCCACGAUCCCAACGCAUGGGAUAGUGAGACUCACAUCGAGACUAGGCUCCCGGAAAAUGUACACGUCGGUGACAACGGAGCUUUGGGGCCCACGUUCACAAUAGGAGAAUGUUUUGUCCGGUUUUAUAACUCGUCGUGCGAGACCUUUGUCGAUUUGAUCGACGAGUCCCAGCGCUUGCGCCUGCGGGUUCGACCCAAGCUUGAUCCCGCUCACGGGACUGCAGAUGAUACGCGGACCGGCCAAUUAUCAAAGACGCAACUCAACACUUCCAAGGAAGGACGCAAGGGACUGCAUCACGGGGUCAAGUUCUGGCCACCGGAUCAGUCUUCACGGCCCAACCCCGAGCUAGCCCAACUUCACAAUAUCCUCUAUCCCCAGAUGCCGCUGGGCGAAGUUGACUGGGCCAUGGACGACCGGACUCUAAUCUAUGCGCCAGGGCACGCGGUUAGAGGCCGGUCCAGGCCGCUAGUCCUCAUAUCUUUUGAUUCCGCGAUUCGGCUCCCUGGCUACCCAAAGCUGCAGCUCGGCUCUGCAGAUUCAGAUGGAUCGAAUAUCCUGCCGCCCAACGGACCCCGCCCGGCGGCAGAGCAUGCUCGCAUUAUACCAGAGACUCCGGCGGGCUCCGUGAACCCCCAUGGCGUGUCUGGCGUGUCUUCCGCUCUGGCUACCUCAGAUACCCCGUGCCAGAAGGAUCUCACGGCGCCCGAUGUAACGCCAAUCCCAACGGCUCAGCCAUGGGCCAAGACAUAUCAGGCUCUUUACAUGAGCAUGCCCAAGACCGAAACAUCGCCGUGCGGUUUCGACUUGUCCUACUGA